ACUAUUAAUAUCUCUUUUACUAAGUGCUUCUCUCAAUAACCACAACACAACACCACCAUGAACUCUUCCUUUACUCUCUUCAUCUUUACCUUCGUUAUCUUUCUCCGAUGUCUAAAUCCCACCGGAGCUGCCACGUGUCAUCCUGAUGAUGAAGCGGGUCUUCUAGCUUUUAAAGCGGGUAUAACCCGAGACCCUUCGGGUAUUCUCACUUCUUGGAAGAAAGGUACUGCUUGUUGUUCUUGGAACGGUGUCACUUGUCUCACCACUGACCGUGUCUCCGCACUCUCUGUCGCUGGACAAGCUGAUGUUCCCGGAAGCUUCCUCUCCGGCACUCUCUCGCCGUCGCUAGCUAAACUCCAACACCUCGAUGGGAUUUACUUCACCGAUCUCAAGAACAUCACUGGUUCUUUUCCUCAUUUCCUUUUCCAAUUACCAAAUCUUAAGUACGUUUACAUUGAGAAUAACCGCCUCUCCGGUCCUCUUCCGGUUAACAUCGGUUCUCUUAGCCAGCUCGAAGCGUUCAGUCUCCAGGGAAACCGGUUCACCGGUCCGAUCCCAAGCUCGAUAUCUAAUUUGACUCAGUUAACACAACUCAAACUCGGUAGUAAUCUCCUAACCGGAACUAUUCCCUCAGGAAUUGCCAAUCUCAAGCUCAUAUCCUAUCUCAACCUUGGAGGUAACCGGCUCUCUGGAACCAUACCGGAUAUUUUCAAAUCCAUGCCAGAGCUCCGAUCUUUAACUCUCUCCCGCAACGGUUUCUCCGGGAAUCUUCCUCCGUCCAUUGCAUCACUCGCACCAAUUCUCAGGUUCCUCGAGUUAGGCCAUAACAAUCUCUCCGGGACAAUCCCGAACUUCUUAUCAAACUUCAAGGCGCUUGACACAUUGGAUCUCUCCAAGAAUCGGUUCUCGGGAGUCAUACCAAAGAGUUUCGCUAAUCUGACCAAAAUUUUCAAUCUUGAUCUCUCCCAUAAUCUUCUAACCGAUCCAUUCCCUGUCUUGAACGUUAAAGGGAUAGAAUCUCUGGAUCUUUCAUACAACCAGUUUCACUUGAAUACGAUCCCGAAGUGGGUGACUUCUUCACCGAUCAUCUUCUCGUUGAAGCUAGCAAAAUGCGGGAUCAAGAUGAGCUUAGACGAUUGGAAGCCAGCGCAAACAUACUACUACGAUUUCAUCGAUUUGUCGGAAAACGAGAUCACAGGGAGUCCUGCAAGGUUCUUGAACCAAACAGAGUAUCUAGUGGAGUUCAAGGCCUCGGGUAACAAACUUCGGUUCGAUAUGGGGAAGCUAACGUUUGCAAAGACGCUGAAAACCUUGGAUCUAUCAAGGAACUUGGUAUUUGGGAAGGUGCCAGCAACGGUGGCUGGACUAAAGACAUUGAACGUAAGUCACAACCAUCUUUGCGGAAAGCUUCCGGUGACAAAGUUCCCUACCAGUGCGUUUGCGGGUAACGACUGUCUUUGCGGCUCUCCACUUUCUCCUUGUAAAGCUUAAGCGGCAAGAAAACUACAAUUGGUAAUUUGGAUUUACCGUGAGGGUUCAUGUUUAGCUCCAAAUAAGAUUUGUAUUAAAAUAACAAAUAAAGUAGUUUUAUGACA